AUGCAGAUAUUCGUGAAGACCCUAACAGGAAAGACGAUCACACUAGAAGUCGAGGCAAGCGACAGUAUUGAGAAUGUGAAGGCAAAGAUACAGGACAAAGAGGGUAUACCACCAGAUCAGCAGAGACUUAUUUUUGCAGGAAAACAGCUAGAAGAUGGAAGAACCUUGUCUGACUACAACAUCCAGAAGGAGUCUACUCUCCAUUUGGUGCUCAGGCUGAGAGGAGGAUAUUAA